AGGAGGGAGGAAAGGAAGGAAAGAAAGAAAGGAGGAUAGAGGAGGAAGGAAAGAACGAAGGAAGGAGGAAAGAAGAGAGGAAGGCAGGAGGAGGGAGGAAAGAAGGAAUAGUCAAAACAGAUUGGGUCAAUCUGACCCGGAAGGACGACAGGAGGGUUAAACUGGUCUAGAACCGCCACUGGGGUCCACAAUGGGGCUCUAUGGGCUGUCAACCGGACUAUCUGCUAACAUUUGGAGCAGCUGUCUUCUGUCCCUGAAUGCACCAUUCUCGCUCUCUCUAUCUGCUCUUUGUGCGCAUGCGCAGCCGCGUCCACUGCAGGGACCGUUAUAACCCACCGGGCCGAUCCGCUGCUGUCAUCCCCUUCACCUCCUCCAGAUAACCGGGUUUAUCUCCCGGACACGGCGGGCCUCGGGCAUCCUCCCACCGGGACUCACUCUCAACACCCUCCCGCGUUUAUUCAGAGCGGAGAACCAGCUUUUAUCGACACAUUUCCUCUGAAAUAAGAAGGUGCUGCAGCUUCAUCAUCUGAACCAGUCUGGACAGUCCGGGUUCAUGGCGGCCAUGUUGGCUGCACAGCCCUGUCCUCUGACCCUUCAUAAGCAAUGAAGCUGGACAGGCGUUGGAUGUGGCGCCUCCUGCUCCUCUCCUCCUUGGCUGUAGCGGCUCUAGCAGCCCAGGCGGAGCAGCAGGAGAUCGAUAUCUCAGACCUGGAUGAAGAGUUGGGGCUGGACGAGGAGGAGCUGAAGGUUCUGAUGGCCGACGGGGAGGAAGAGGAGGAGGAGGAAGAGGAGGAGGAGGCGACAGUGAUGGAUGAAGACCACUCUGACGAGUCAGACGGCACAGCCAAUGGGAAGGCAGCAACCGACGCUAACGUCUCCUUCCAGGUAACAUACAAGACCCCCGUUCCCACUGGAGACGUCUACUUCGCUGAGACGUUUGAUGAUGGAUCACUAGACAGCUGGCAGCUGUCUAAGACGGUGAAGGGGGACGCAGAUGAUGACAUCGCCAAAUAUGACGGGAAGUGGGCUGUGGAGCAGCUGAAGGAGAACAAAGUUCCAGGAGAUCUUGGUUUGGUGCUGAAGUCCCGGGCCAAACACCACGCCAUCUCUGCCCUGCUGAACAAACCCUUCGUCUUCCAGGACGACCCUCUGGUCCUCCAGUAUGAGGUGAAUUUCCAGAACGGGAUCGACUGUGGUGGAGCGUACAUCAAACUGCUCUCGGACACUGGAAGUCUAAACCUGGAGCAGUUCCAUGACCGGACAGCCUACAGUCUGAUGUUUGGACCAGACAAAUGUGGCGAGGAUUACAAGCUGCACUUCAUCUUCCGCCACCAGAACCCUCUGAACAAAGACACGGAGGAGAAACACGCCAAGAGGGCCGACGUCGACCUCAAGAAGUUCUACACCGACAAGAAGACUCACCUCUACACUCUGGUCCUGAACCCAGACAACAGCUACGAGAUGCUGAUCGACCAGUCGAGCGUGAGCCGCGGCAGCCUGCUGCACGACGUGGUUCCUCCCGUCAACCCGCCCAAAGAGAUCGACGACCCCAACGACUCCAAACCAGCCGACUGGGACGAGAGGGCCAAGAUCCCCGACCCCGAGGCCGUCAAACCUGACGACUGGGAUGAAGAAGCUCCGGCUAAGAUUGAGGACCCUGACGCGUUGAAGCCGGAGGGCUGGCUGGACGACGAGCCAGAGUUUGUCUCUGAUCCCAAUGCUGACAAACCAGAAGAUUGGGACGAGGAGAUGGAUGGGGAGUGGGAGGCCCCCCAGGUUCCUAACCCGGCCUGUGAGACGGCCCCCGGCUGUGGGGAGUGGAAGCGUCCCAAGAUCAACAACCCUCAGUACAAGGGCAAGUGGAAAGCCCCGCUGGUGGACAACCCCAACUACCAGGGCGUCUGGAAGCCUCGUAAGAUCGAUAACCCGGACUAUUUUGAGGACCUGCAGCCGUUCAGGAUGGCUCCGUUCAAGGCCGUGGGCCUGGAGCUCUGGUCCAUGACCUCCGAUAUCUACUUUGACAACUUCAUUAUCACGUCUCACAAAGAGGUGGCGGACCGCUGGGCGUCUGACAGCUGGGGGCUGAAGAAACUGGUGGCCAGCGCUAACGAGCCGGGGAUCUUUGCUCAGCUGAUGCUGGCGGCGGAGGAGCGUCCGUGGCUCUGGGUGGUCUACAUCCUGACCGUCGGUCUGCCUGUUGGACUGGCUGUUCUCUUCUGCUGGCCAAAGAAACCAGAGGACGACUACGUGUACAAGAAGGUUCCUCCUCCUCAGGCUGACGUAGAGGAGGAGGAAGAGGAGGAGGAAGAGGAGGAGGCAGCAGCAGCACAAGGAGAAGAGAAAGCAGCUGAGGAGACAGAAGGAGCAGCAGCUGCAGCUACAGAAGAGGCCGAGGAGGAGGAAGACGAGGAGGAGGAGGAGGAGGAAGAGGAGGAGGAGGAGGAGGAGGAAGCUGAGGCAGGAGGUGACAAUCUAGAGGGGGACGAUGAUGAGGAGGAAGAAGAAGAAGAGGAGGAGAGCAAAGCUCCUGAGAGAACAUUAGAAGAGGAGCUGAAAGACGGAGGGGACGUCGCUGAAGAGAGCCACAAACAAGCUGUGAGGAAGAGGAGGGUACGGAAAGACUGAGGAGGAGGUGAACAACACGCCGACUGUCUUUCUCCCCGUGAUGAGGAGGAGGAGGAGGAGGAGGAGGAGGAGGAGGAGGUGGAAGGGCCGUCUCUGCUGCUGCUGGAGCCGAGCAGCGUUUCCUCCAGACCACCUGGUAGCCUGCAGUCCCCCGGGAGGUUGCCGCAUCACAGGGCGGCAACCUCCCGACCACCAACACACCCGCCUGUCUGUCUGUCCACCCGUCUCUCCCUCCUGCCUGCUCAUCUAUCGAACUAUUAAACCGAUCCUCCUGGAGAUUCUCUGCAUCUAGAUGUUUUUCCCCGAGCUUCCACGCUUUCAUCAUCAUCAUUCUUCUUCUUCUCUUUAAGCCAUCGCUGUCAAAACGCCUGUCAGCCCAAAAGAAAAAAAAACGCCCGCCUCUUCCACCUCCGUUCCCCGUUCACCUCGUCUCUACUGUCGACCUCCUCUAUGAAUAUAACGCCGCCAUAGAUCUCCCCGUCUGCCUCCUCAGAGUGACGGCAGCAGUGAAAUAAGAGCCACCAGAAACUGAAUUUGAAUUAUUUAUAUUUGAAUUUCAAUUGCUUAAGUUGAAUAAUUGCAUUAAAAAACUGAAUUUGAAUCACAUAAUUUGAAUUUGUAUUGUUCAAUUUGAAUCAUUGCAAUGAAAAAAACUGAAUCUGAAUUGUAAUUUGAA